GGCUGGGCACGUCCCUCAAGUUCAUGGUUCGUAGCUUUAAGCCAAACUGGUUCCUGCGCCCGCCCAGCAUCUGGACCUGGGGGACCCGCAGGCUGCGGCUCCUUCUGGCCGUGCAUUACCUCGGAGGCGGCGCCCGGGCCCCGCCCCCUCCCGCCGCAGGUUCAAGUGUGGGCUGGGCGCUGGGCGGCGAGGAACACUCCCGGCUCGCCCAGCAACCUGCUCCCUGCUCGGCCGCCAGGCUGCGGGCCGCGGGGCCGGAGGGACGGGACCCGGAGCGGCGCUGAGCGGUCCAGCCCCGAGCUCUCCAGCGCCCGAGCCCGCACCGCGCCGCCGCCGGUCUCCGGUCCCAAGUUCACGGGCGCCCCGGGAGGAGUCGGCUCGCGCAGGAGGCAGCAGGCAGGUGGCGCCGGCUCGGGCUGGGCGGCGUGGAGCUCGCUCGGCCCCGCGAGGGUUAAGCCUUGCCGGCUCCCGCUGCCCGGCUGGCGGCCAGCUGCCUCCAGGGAGAGGCCGGAGCCGCUGCUGCCCGGACCGACCCGGAGGGACGCCGUUCGCUGGGGCUGCAUCUGACCUCAGACCCCCUCCCCGCCCCCACCCCUGCCUCCGGGAGGAGCAGAGAGUGGGGGCUGCGGGCGGGGAGCCCCUGCCAGCUCAGCCUCUAACCCCCCCCCCCCCCCAAUCCCCGGGGUGACUGGAGAGCCAAGGGGGCAACGAGACACGGAGAUGGCCGAUGAGCCCGCCUGGCUGGACUUGCUGGGCCGGUGGACCUACGGAGUGGACCCCGGCGGGAGAGUCUUCUUCAUCAAUGAUGAGGAAAAGUCAACCAGCUGGGUGCAUCCUGGCACGAAAUCACCCGUCCAGAGUGGAUUCUGCUCCAGCCCAGGUCUGCCCAGGGGCUGGGAGAUGGAUUCCACCCGGGAAGGAGCCGUGUAUUUCAUCAACCACAAUGAAAGACGGAACACCUUUCUACACCCAGUGACUGGCCAGGUCCCAGAAGAAAACAAAAAAUUUGACUUGAAAACAUCGGCCUUGGACAUGUCCAAUAAAGCAGGUGGGAAACGCCCGGCUACCACCAACAGUGACAUUUCCAACCACAACAUGGUGUCCGAGGUCCCUCCAGAGCGGCCCAGCGUCCGGGCCACCCGGACCUCCCGCAAGGCCAUCGCCUUUGGCAAGCGCUCACACUCCAUGAAGCGGAACCUCAACACGCCUGUCACCAAGGCGGGCUGGCUCUUCAAGCAGGCCAGCUCCGGGGUCAAGCAGUGGAACAAGCGCUGGUUCGUCCUGGUGGACCGCUGCCUCUUCUACUACAAAGAUGAGAAGGAGGAGAGCAUCCUGGGCAGCAUUCCCCUCCUGAGCUUCCGGGUGGCUGCGGUGCAGCCCUCGGACAACAUCAGCCGAAAACACACCUUUAAGGUGACCGUGUGCUGGGUGGACGAGGCCGGGGCCAGUUCCACGCACUGCCUCUCCCCUCAGGCCGAGCACGCCGGCGUCCGCACCUACUUCUUCAGCGCCGAGAGCCCCGAGGAGCAGGAGGCCUGGAUCCAGGCCAUGGGCGAGGCUGCCCGGGUGCAGAUCCCCCCAGCCCAGAAGUCCGUGCCCCAAGCUGUGCGCCUCAAUGUACCACCCCCCACCCAGCUCCAUGCGGGGCUGGGAUCUCUCACGCCAUCUCCCUUGGCACCCUGCAGCCACGAGAAGCCGGACUCGGAAAACACGCCACCCAGCAAACACCACCAGCAGCAGCCCCCUCACAACAGCUUCCCCAACCCUGAGCCCGAGGCCAAGACGCGAGGGGAGGGCGACGGCCGAGGCUGCGAGAAGGCGGAGAGGAGGCCCGAGAGGCCCGACAUCCAGAGCGAGCCCCUGGCGAAAGCCAAUGGCAUCCCAGCCGGACCGGAAGCAGCCUCAGAGCCGGGCAGCCCUUACCCUGGAGGCCCGAGGGUCCCCGGGGGCGGGGAGCGGCCCCCCCAGCCCAAUGGCCGGCAGUACGGCUCCCCGAGCCGGCCGGGGAGCACCGCGUUCCCGCCUCAGGACUCAGAGAGCGGGGGGCGCCGGCCGAGCUUCCCCCCCCACGCCAACCCCGACAAGAUCGCCCAGCGCAAGAGCUCCAUGAGCCAGCUCCAGCAGUGGGUGAACCUGCGUCGGGGGGUGCCUCCCCCCGAGGACCUUCGCAGCCCCUCUAGGUUCUAUCCCGUGUCCCGCAGGGGCCCCGAGUACGGCGGCCCCUACUCCUCCCAGUUCCUGGAUGAUUACCAGUACUACCCGCCGGGCGUGCGGCCGGACAGCAUCUGCUCCAUGCCCGCCUACGACCGCGUCAGCCCGCCCUGGGCCCUGGAGGACAAGCGCCUCUCCUUCCAGCGCAACGGCUGCGGGUGGAAGGAGCCGGCCGGCUACGGGCGGCAGGACGGCGGCACCGUCUGGAUCCCCAGCCCCUCCCGGCAGCCCGUCUACUACGACGAGCUGGACGCGGCCUCUGGCUCGCUGCGCCGCCUGUCCCUGCAGCCCCGGUCCCACUCGGUGCCCCGCUCGCCCAGCCAGGGCUCCUACGGCCGCCCUCGCCUCUACUCGCCCGUCCGCUCGCCCAGCGCCCGCUUCGAGCGCCUGCCGCCCCGCAGUGAGGACCUCUACGUGGACCCCACCGCCUAUGUGAUGCGCCGGUCCAUCAGCUCUCCCAAGUAUGAUUCCCUGGGAGACAGGCGGCCAGUCCCUGCAGGGCUGUACCCCUACAACUACCCACCACCCCCCACGGUUCACGAUAAGAUGGAUGAACUGUUAGACCUUCAGUUGCAAAGAAACCUAGAGUAUUUGGAUCAGCAGAUGAGUGAGAGUGAGACUCUCAUCAGUAUGGUGAACCGCAUGGUGGAGAGCUCCUCCCCCAGGGCCCAACUCUUCAUGCAAGUCCCUCCGUACCCAGAAGUGUUCCGGGACAGCGUCCACACCUACAAGCUAAACGAGCAGGAUACGGAUAAGUUGCUGGGCAAACUGUGUGAGCAGAACAAGGUGGUGAGGGAGCAGGACCGGCUGGUGCAGCAGCUCCGAGCUGAGAAGGAGAGCCUGGAAAGUGCCUUGAUGGGGACCCACCAGGAGCUGGAGAUGUUCGGGAGCCAGCCCGCCUACCCAGAGAAGCUGCUGCACAAGAAGGAGUCGCUGCAGAACCAGCUCAUCAACAUCCGGGUGGAGCUGUCUCAGGCAACCACGGCCCUGACCAACAGCACCGCGGAGUACGAGAGCCUCGAGUCGGAGGUCUCCGCCCUGCAUGACGACCUCUGGGAGCAGCUCAACUUGGACAUCCAGAACGAGGUGCUCAACCGGCAAAUCCAGAAGGAGAUCUGGAGGAUCCAGGACGUGAUGGAGGGGCUCAGGAAGAACAACCCGUCCCGGGGCACAGACACAGCCAAGCACAGAGGAGGCCUUGGCCCCUCGACCACCUACAGCUCCAACAGCCCUGCCAGCCCUCUCAGCUCCGCCAGCCUCACCAGCCCCCUGAGCCCCUUUUCACUGGUGUCUGGCUCUCAGGGGUCCCCCACCAAGUCAGGGUCCAAUGAGGAGCCCGGCCCACCGCGGCCCCCCCUCCCCAAAGCCUACGUGCCCCUGGAGUCUCCUCCCACCGUGCCUCCACUCCCUAGCGAGAGCCACUUCUGGCCGUACCCCAACUCCCCUUCCUGGCACUGCAGUGGCGAGACAGCCAGGGGCCAGCCCAAGGCAAGCUACGACCCAAGCAAGAGAGAGUCCCACCAGACCUCACCCCCGGACACGUCGAGGGACAUCAGCCUUGUGCCUACCCGGCAAGAGGUGGAGGCAGACAAGCAGACGGCUCUCAACAAAGUUGGCAUUGUGCCCCCGCGGACAAAGUCGCCCACUGAGGAAGAGGGGACCCCAUCGGGGGUGGUGAGGAGGAAUGCCAAUGGGCUCCACAACGGCCUCUCUGCCCGGCAGGAGCGCCCCAAGAGCGCGGUGUUCCCCGGUGAGGGCAAGGUGAAGAUGAGCGUGGAGGAGCAGAUCGACCGCAUGCGGCGCCACCAGAGCGGUUCCAUGAAGGAGAAGCGGAGGAGCCUGCAGCUCCCUGCCAGCCCUGCCCCAGACCCCAGUCCCCGGCCCGCCUACAAGGUGGUGCGUCGCCACCGCAGCAUCCACGAGGUGGACAUCUCCAACCUGGAGGCAGCUCUGCGGGCGGAGGAGCCCGGUGGGCAGGCCUACGAGACGCCACGGGAGGAGAUUGCCCGGCUGCGCAAGAUGGAGCUGGAGCCCCAGCACUACGACGUGGACAUCCACAAGGAGCUCUCCACCCCCGACAAAGUCCUCAUCCCUGAGCGGUACAUCGACCUGGAGCCGGACACGCCCCUGAGCCCCGAGGAGCUGAAGGAGAAGCAGAAGAAGGUGGAAAGGAUCAAGACGCUCAUCGCCAAGUCCAGUAUGCAGAACGUGGUGCCCGUCGGCGAGGGGGACCUUGUGGACGUGCCCCAGGACUCAGAGAGCCAGCUGCAGGAGCAGGAGAAGCGGAUUGAAAUCUCCUGCGCCCUGGCCGCCGAGGCCUCCCGCCGGGGCCGCAUGCUGUCUGUGCAAUGUGCCACCCCAAGCCCUCCCACCUCCCCUGCCUCCCCAACUUCACCAGCCAACCCCCUCUCGUCUGAAUCCCCACGGGGCGCCGACAGCAGCCAUGCCAUGCGGGUCUGAGCGCGGACUGCGAGCCCUGGCCACCGCCGCGAAGCUCCCCAGAGCCACCUUCUGAAGCCCUGCCCGCGGGGCCCCGGCCCGCCCCGCCCCGCCCCGCGCUCUCCUGGGGAAACUGCGAGGAGCCAGGCUGAGGACCGGGAUGCUGCCAGAGGAGCGGAGCGCGGAUGCUUCAGCCCCGAAGCCCUCGCUGCUCAGAUGCGGUCCCUCCGGUCCUGAGAUGGAGCGGGAAGCAUCCUGUCCGAUGCCCGAGUCACAGGGCGCCCAGGCCUGACUGGCUGGGGUGGGGCUGGCCCUCCUGGAACAUUCCCGGAUGGAGAAGACAGACGCCUGGGGAAGAUGCUCUGGACCAUCUUAGGUUGGGACGAGAGGUGAGGAGCAGAGGGACGCUCUGCCUCUUGCCACCCUCCUUGACACCAAGGACAGCAUCUGCCAUCAUCCCCUUCCCAUCAGCACCCCCACCCCACGGCCCCCGCUGUGCCCGGGGCUGUGAUCCCUGCCGUGGGUGCUCCUUUGCGGACCCGUGGAGACUAACCACCCUGUCCGAGCCAAAGACAAGAUGACGAGAUGGGGACUCGCCUUGGCUCCCCGGAGACAGAGCAGGCUGGGACAGAGAGCAGGUCUGGGCGGUGUGUGGGGAGGUUGGGAAGGGGGAGGAGAAGGAAGGAGGCCCUAGGAGAGGAAGGGAGAGAAGCAGCAGGGCUCAUUGGCAAGUGAAAGGACAGAGACGGAGGGAGGAGGGGAAGGGAAUGGGUUUCCGGGGUGAGGCUUAGCGUGGUGCCAAGUACUGUGCCCACUGUCGGCUCGGCCCUUCCACCUUGUCCCCAGGCCGAUGCGGAGGCCCCAGGAGGCCCCACCGGUGAGCAGACGGUGGCCUUCAGCUGACGUGCUUGGCAUGGAGGCGGGGCGGGGCGGGGGGGGGGCGGGGAUGAGGGCGCUGGGUAGGCCAGUCCAGGACACACCGGGCCCUUUGUAGGCCUGGGCCUGGUGUCUGCCGCCGGUUCUGAGCUCGGGGCAGAGGAGGAGCUGUCUUGUGUGGUCAGCCUUGGGGCCUCUCCUGGCCAUUUUGGUGGCAUUCUCUGGCAUGUGCUGUGGGCCAGCUGCCAGGGUGCCCGGGGAGAGGCAAUAAGCUUUCCCUGGGAGGCCAGAUGCCAGGACCCUGCCACCCACCCGCCCCCAGCCCCAGGCCCCCCAAACGAGGACCUGUGGAGGGUGUACCAAGGACUCUGAUCCACAUGAUAGGAGGCCAGUGCGGGAGAGACAGAAGCAAACUCAUUCUUCCUCUUCUCCGCCCGCCAUGAGAUGAAUGUAGCCAGGAGGAGGGAGAGGAGAGAGUGCGGCUCAACAGUCUGGCUCCUAGGCCUUCUCUCGGCCAGAGUUGCUGCCUGAGACGCCAGCCUGAUCUCCAGCUGCCCUAAGAACAACUACCUUACCUCCCACCCACUCUUCCCUCCUUCACGGCUGGGCUGUGGCAGUUGCUGGUUCAUAUGCAAGUAAAGGUGACAGUUCAUUCAACAAACAUUUACUACCGAGCACCAUUUAUGUCCUAGGCACUGUCCUAGGUGCUUAGGAAGUUGCUUCUGAGGGAUUGCAGACUGGGGCAGGUUCCACGUGUCUUCACUCGUGGCAGGUUUUUGGCUACAUUUCCCGUCUGUAGCGCAGCUUGAGCACCCCAAAUGUCCUUUCUCCCCCCUCCCCCCGCAGCCUGGCAGGUGGGGUUGGCUCCCAGCUCUUCCUCGUUCCCGCCCCUUUCUCCAUCCACGAGACACAGGUUUUUCAGGGCCUUCCAUGCCUUCCCCUUCCUUUAUCUGUCUCUCCAUUUUUUAAAGUGAUAUUUUUAAGAAAUACAUGGAAAAUACCAAGGAUCAAUGUCUGCUCGUCUGUCACCUCCUGUUCCAUAAAGCUGGCCCUUUAUGUUGCUUUACAUGCCUUAAUAUAUGUUUUACGAAGAUGACACGCAUUGUAGGUGUAUGUGUCAGAUACGUGCUGGUUUGCGUGUCGGGUCCUUUCCCGGAACGCCUGCCCAGGCUGCCUUCUCUCCUUGGCUCUCCGCAACGUUCCCAGCAUGCUGCGGCCGCACCCCAUGCCUUGGAUCCAAAGAAGGGGAGAGAAAGGCUUAUUUUAAGACAGAUCUAUUUUACGCUUUUGUUAUGAAAGCAAAUCUAUUUUCCAAUGUGCAAUGCCCAAAUGGAAUUGGCCACGGGGGAGACCCGGGAGGCUGCCUCCAGGUCCGGCCUCCACCCCGCCCCCCUGCCCCGGCUGCUCCCUUCCGCCCACCGCCCGGUCUGCGGAGGGCUGGUCCAGCCGAGGGCAUCUCCCCAAGGCAGGGCGUGCUCUCAGAAGUCCUGGUGGAAGGACGUGGUCACGCUGCCCGCUCUUGAUGACCCUCUAGGGUUCUCGGGGAUGAGUCCUGUGGAAGAAAGCAUUGAAGUGUGUGCACAUGAGCGCCCCACGCAGGCACCGCCCAGAGAUGUGCUCCCCGCCUCCCUCCAUCACCUGCUUCGGGGUGGGGGACAGGCAGUUUCGUGGCCGCCGGUGCCACACACGAAUGUCAGUCUGUACCUUGACGGACCCAGGGUAUGGUGCAAAGGCCAAAGGAAAUGGUUUGGGAUUCCCUGGUCCUUUGGCGCAGACGAGUUUGAGUUCCCUGGACUUCCCAUGCUCCUUUUCACGUGGCCGCUGCUCUGAGUCGUGCCGGUGGCAUCUGUUUCACUCUGUGACCUUCCUUCUGGGGGCUGUUCCUGCGGGCCUGGCACCUCGGUCUGGCAUCCAGACUGCGGAGUCCGCUCCUGGGCUGAGGAGGGUCCCUCGGACAUUGUAGCAUCUCAGCCUUCCAAAUGGCUUGUCCCUGGAAGUGGGCCCAGGGCUCUUGCUUUGUACAGACCUGGGCAGGAGGGGCGUCUUUGGUCCAGAUCUGGAAUCUGGGGGAUUGGAACCUCUUGCAGAGCUCCCGGCCAGCAUCGGAAGCCUGACCUCCCAACGUGGCCACCUGCCGGCCCCUGCUGCCAGCCCCGAGCAUCAUGCUGCGGAUGGAUGGGGCCCAGAUGGAGGCCAGGGCUGAAAACCCACCAGGGUACACUCCUGGUCACUGAUCUAGAGCCUUCCCAAUGAGCACAUGACCUCCCCGACCAAUAACCGGGAGGCUGCCAUCAAAUAUUGCUACUGUCACUUUAAAGGUUUUCUGAGGUUGCAAGCUGUGCACAUUUUUCUGCCUUGGCAAGAGGCAUGUUCUCGGGGCGCGGCUGACUAUAGCAAGAAGAACCCAAUUCCUUUCCCCUUUAGGCAGCCCCACCUGGAAGCUCUUAAAACUAAGGGAAAAAAUGAAAUACAUACCUAUAUAUAUAUAUACAUAUAUAUAUAUAUAUAUAUAUAUAUAUAUAUAUAUAUAUAUAUAUACAUAUAUCUAUUUAUGCACAUAUUGGGGCCAAUCUGAUUUGCUAGUAGUAGACAAUAAACUGUACAAGGAAAUGUCUGAUCUCAGUGUCUUUAUUUAGCAUAAAAGUGGCCUUAGAAGAAGAGUUCAGGUUAGAUAAGCAAACAGCAUUGCUGCCAGGGGACCGGCCGCUGUAGCAGCCCCUGAGCCUCUUUCUAGCUGAAGCCCCUCCCGGGGAGAGGGCGCCUGCCCGAGAAGCUAAAGUUGGGGUCCGCUCUCAGCAGCCGGAGAGUCCCCAUGCGUGAGCUCUGCAUUUGUAUAUUGCAAGUUUGUAUAAAGCCAGCACCGGAAAUAAAAUGGUUUGUACAAGU